CGUAGCUAGCACGCUGAAAGGCUCAUGCACUGACACCUCCGUGUUCUCGGGGAGGCAUUUGAACCCCGGGCACGAACGGUGCACCAGCCUGGUGAUGAAGGGGACCCUGAAGGCGUCCAUCUCCCUUCUACAGAAACACCGUAAUGGGAUCAGAUGAAGCUACAGAUGACAUGACCAAAGUCAAAACAAUGCAUGAACUGACGAGAAACAGCACUGAGAAUGUUAGCUGCUUAGUUGCUGGAAAUCCUAAGUGCAACUUUACUACCAAGAGACCCUGAUGUUAUGUGAUCACUGAACACAGUUUGUAAGAAUGGAAAACCAAAGCAAAACCACAACUAGUUGCAUCUCAUAAACAAAAAUUUUCAAGAUUCGGCUGAAUCAAAAAAUUAUUCCAGCCAUGGGAGAAAAUGCAAGUUUUUGGGAAAGUUUGAUAUAUGCACAUCCUACGUGUACCACCUGGAAGCAACAGGCAGAGGGAUCUAUCUACCACCUCGCCAGUAUUUUCUUUGUCGUGGGCUUCAUGGGUGGAAGUGGAUUCUUUGGGCUCCUCUAUGUCUUCAGUUUGCUUGGACUGGGCUUUCUCUGCUCUUCUGUUUGGGCUUGGCUGGAUGUGUGUGCUGCUGAUAUAUUCUCCUGGAAUUUUGUACUGUUCGCUAUAUGCUUCGUCCAGUUCGUUUAUGUUACCUACCAAGUCCGGAGCGUUGCCUUUGACAGAGAAUUCCAGGAACUCUACAGUGCUCUCUUCCAGCCUCUGGGAAUUUCCUUGACUGUGUACAGGAAGAUUGUCUUGUGCUGCGAUGCAGAAGUGAUUACCCUGGAGAAGGAACAUUGUUAUGCCAUGCAGGGCAAAACACCUAUUGACAAACUGUCCUUGCUUGUGUCAGGCAGGAUCAGAGUGACAGUUGAUGGGGAGUUUCUACAUUAUAUUUUUCCUCUUCAAUUUCUGGACUCUCCUGAAUGGGAUUCACUGAGGCCCACAGAAGAGGGAAUUUUUCAGGUGACACUCACAGCAGAGACAGAUUGUCGGUACGUGGCCUGGAGGAGAAAGAAGCUCUACCUGCUGUUCGCUAAGCACCGCUUCAUCUCCCGCCUGUUCUCCGUUCUCAUUGGGAGCGACAUCGCCGAGAAACUGUACGCCCUGAACGACAGGGUGCACGUGGGCCAGGGCUUCAGGUACGACAUCCGCCUGCCCAACUUCUACCACGUUGCGCUGCCCGAGAGCCCUCCCGUGCCGGCCUCGCACCGCGGCCACCAGCUGCAGCGAGCCUCCCCGCGCCGCACGCCCGCGGUGGUCACAAACUGCGGCUCCUUCCUCGCGCCCUCCUAGCCCGGAAAGUUCUGCUGCAGCCAUUCCUCGAAGCGGUGGAGGGAGAUGGAAGGUGGCAGAGCAGAAGAGCGGAGAGACAAAAGCAGAUGAAGCCAAAUUUGACUGACAAGUGCCAUUUAUGUUAACUGGAGUAGGUUGAAUUCUCUGUCUCAAGCCAGCAGGUUGGCUUCUGCGUUGUGACUGUCUGUGCAAUAUGUUUACUUUCUGUCGUACUCCUCUUGAUCUUCAUCUCUUUUGUUUUGGAGGAGAACAAAUCAUAACAGUAUGAGGUCUUAUUGCAUUGUGGUGGCCUCUGUGGUGGUGUGUUGUUUGUUUUGUUUUGUUGUUUGUCUUUUCUUUAAAGCAAGCCCAUGGUAUUUGUAAUUAUGUUUUCCUCAAAAAAAUGUUGUCAAAAUGAAGUACAGUCAGAACAGUGAAUGAAAACAACUAAGUUGUCUUCAAAAUAUAGCAACUGGCUUAUAAUGUUCUUUUUUAUGCCACGUGACCAUUCUCUCAAUUUACAUGAUUAAUGUUGCAGAGGAAAGACUAAGGAAUGUUUGCAUUGUGUUUGUUUCUUAAAGAAAUGAAAAAUUUUGAAAUGCACAGCAAGAUUGUUAAAAACCCAAACAAAACAAAACAACAAAUUCUGUCCUAUGAGUAAUUGGUUUCUCUCCGACUGUCCUUAAGAGGUAUUACGUGAAAAUAAACAUAAGUGUAAUUUCUGGCACUAGAAAAAUAGCUGUAACUGCUUCAAAUACAGCUUAGGGAAAUGGUUGUGUAGCAUUUCUGAUAGAAUGUGAUGCUACAGGACCUGGGGUCCUGCAGUGUCAGCGCCCUUCAUGACAUGUACAAUAAAUAAUGUUAAUCAGUCUACUGCCAAACCAUUGGAGUUUGUUGUAUAAUAUUCCUUUUACCUAUGUUUGUCAGGAAGAGACUAAAACAACUGCAGCAAUAAAUACAAUUUUUAACUGACACAUUCGUGUUUAGCUUCCAGAGUCACUUUUCCUAUGCUUGUGAAAUUCUUGAUUCAAAAGAUGUUCUCUCCCUAAUUCUGUGGUGUUUUAAUGACAUAAGGGAGCCUCAGAUCGCACUUCAGUAGGAGGGAGUUGGUUUCGACCCUCGGGGUCACUGUGCCUUUGAAGAGAAGUGUCCAAAUGUCUUUGCUAACUCACCUUCCUGCUGCUCUGCCUGAUGCCUGCCAGUAAUCAAAAAGUAAGAAGCAUUACUAUUUUAUGAGAAUGGAUUGCUGCUUGAUAUGUCUGGAAGUAGAUAAUAUUUUUAAUAUUUUAAAAUUGCUGGCUUGUUUGGUAGGACGACCCCUGUGUGCUUCUCUGUUUGUGAGUAUACAUAUAAGUUUAGAUCCUCUGAGUUGUUUCUAGAGCACUUAAAAUGAUCAUACAAUCUUACACUUGAAGGAUAAUCUUGCAGUAUGUGUAAAAAAGCUAUUAGGAGUGAUGUGAAACACUACCUGUUUGAAGGCCAUUUAGUGUAGAGCAGAUAAGAUCAUACAAGUUUUGCUUUUAGCUUUAUGUUGCUUCCUCAGAGAGGAAAACCAGCAAAACAUAAAUACCCCAGCGUGCAAUGUGAUAAUCCCCAAAUCAUUCUCAUAACCCUUCCAGGCAAUGUGUUCUGUAUGUACUGUUUAAUGCAUGAAGUCCCUGAGUCACAGAGCUACUUUGUCUUGGCCAAAACAGAAUUGGAAAAAAUGCAAGUAGUUCACUGAUGGCUUUUAAUGACCUGUUCAGAUGAAGGCACAAAGUGCCAGAGGCUGGCAGCAUGUUAUAAGGAUACACAUUUGUGUAACACUCUACAAACAUAAAAAUAUUUAAAAUGCAUAAAAGACAUCUUAUUCUAGACUUGGGUGUAAUAGAAAUAAUUUAUUAAUGUUCUCCUUGGUUUUCUUGAAUAUUUGGGUUUGGCCUAUUUAUUCGAGAACUUGUCUUUACUAAAUUCUGACCUUGCUGAAGUUAAUUAGCUUGAUCAUCUUCACCUUAAAAUAAGACCAAGGAGUCCUACUCACCCAAUUUCUAUAUCAAGCUUAUAUAUUCUAUUUAAAUUGUAGCAUACUGCUUAGAAAGAUACUGGGGAAUGAUGGGUGCUUCAUGCCAUACUUUGAUAAUUUUUUUCUUUUUUGUGACUGUUAUAUGCCUUAGUUUCUGUCACACGCUUCCCAGACACAAUCCUCUGUGAUGCUUUUCUCUGCUGAAAUUGGUUACUGUCAGAAAUCUCUACCAGGACAUGUCUGAGUCAAUAUCUGAACAUACUCUUAGCUAAUCUUGUUUAGGUGUUGCUACUGUGCUUUCUGGGCUUUGAGUCAUUUUUAAAAAAUUGUUUCUAGUUUUCCAGCAUCUGUUUGAGACAUGACUAGCAGAACAUUUCAGCUGUAAAAUUCAGCUGUAAAAUAGAGAUCUACAAUAAUAUAAGUACACACAAAAUGGCUGGAAGCAAGACAGAAGUUCUCUCUACCUGUGUUUUUAUUUUAAUCUGGACAGUACUUUUAAACAUACAGUGGAAUGCGACUUAUAAACCAGUGUUUUGGGAGGGCUGUAUAAUCUACCUAAAUGAAGGUAUAUUCAGAAUGAUGACAGCAAAAUUAGACAAGUUUUGUGAGAUCAUAAACACCCAGGCAUUAGAGAGUGGGGGUUGCUCAGCCUGAAGAAGAGAAGGCUCCAGGUGACAUUAUAUUGCAGCCUUUCAGUACUUAAAGGGGCCUGCAAGAAAGAUGAGGACAGACUUUUUAUAGCAGAGCCUCUUGUGAUUACUCCUGGGGACAAGGAGUAAUGGCUUUAAAUUCAUUAAUAUGUUUUGUGAUAUAUUUAGAUAUAAGGAGGAAUUUUAUUAUUAUUAUUAUUAUUAGUGUGAUGAAACACUGAAACAGGCUGUCCAGAGAGUUGGUGGAUGUUUGGUCCUUGGGAGCAUUCAAAUUGGAUGGAGCUCUGGGCAUCUUGAUCUAUUUGCAGAUAUCCUCACUUAUUCAAGGGGGUUGGACAAGAUGGCCUUUAAAAGUCCCUUCCAACCCAGAGCAUUCUAUGAUUCUGUGAUUACUUGUAAGUUAAUAAACAUUUGGAGCUAGAUGAAGUUCUGACCUAAUUUAUGCCCGUGUUACAGCUCUGAAAUAACUUAGUGAUGUGAUCAGGUUCCUUCACAACUGGUUUAAACAAGUGGAUACUUGAGUCCAUGUUGCUAUCAGUGAGUCCUUUUCUUGAUCCUACAGUGAUUCCCCUUUACUCACAUUUUACAUUUUUACCAGUUCCAUAACCUUCUGUGGAGUUGUGUCUACAUUUAUAUGCUGCUAUGGGUAAGAGUUAUCAUGUGGUCAUUCAUAAGUUGAUUUUUAUAAGUUUUUGUAAUUAUAUGGACAUCAUGCUGGAAUUGCCCUCACAGCCUGCAGAAGGGUUCAAAUUUUCUGCAUAAGGUAAGAAACUGUAUGGCCUAGGACAGUUCAAAACAGAGGGGGAGGAGGAGUAGUGGAAGAGACAACGAAAGUUCAUACAAAUUUUAUCCAAGAGAGGUUUAUUUCAAAUUGGACUUCUGGCAAAUUAGUUUGUUGGGUGCAGCAAUAUGUAGUUAGAGCUUCAAAACAAGUCUUGCCUACUAAAGAGCAUGGGACUGACCUUUGAAUUCUUUCAUUUUGUAGUAUUUUUUAAACUACUAAUAGUGUAAGUACAGGUAACAGGUUCCAUCAUAAAACUACACUCAAAAUUACAGAAACUGUGGAAAAACCUGAGAGGAUACAGCCCAAUCUACUGUUGCAAGGCAAAUUUUAAGUGUUUAAAGAAACAGGUUCUUUUAUUCAGCUGCCUGUGAUAAUAGAGGCUGUGCUUUGUGGCUGAGCAGGGCCAUCCAGGAUCUAUGUUUUCAGGAACUAUUUUCCUUGCAACAAAGCAAAUCAGAGAUAUGAGCUCCCCUCGGAUUAAACUGGGGAAGCUGAAUACAAGCUUGGAUGAUAUUGCACAGAUUUGCCAUACCACAAAAAAGACAUAUGCUUGUAGUAAUUAAAUAAUAUGUUGAUGCUACAUUUACAGGGAAAAAGUGCUCUAUAUGUUUUGCUUAUGUGAGUGAUAAAUAUAAGAUAUAUUUGGUCUCAAUGUACAUGAAGUAUUAAAACACAAUAUUGUGUUGCUCGUAUGAGCUGAUAUUGCAAACCAUGUGUUAAAAGUGAAACAAAUCUGCAGCUCUUUAUAUAGAAGAAAACUAUUUAAAUAGGAAAUGAAAAAAUUAUUAUCAAUUUGCUGAAUUCAGACAUGGUCAGAGUAAUAUUUUUCUUUCUAUUCCUGUAAUAAUUGAAUGCAUAUUUUUCCUCCAUAGCUGUUACUGCAUAACAGAUUUUUUUACUAUACAACAGAAUAAAUACCAUAUUAAACUGAUUUGUUAAUCCCUCUUGAAAAUGCUUACUUUAUUUACAUUAAUAUGCAUUAAAAUAUAAUAGGUUCAGGGCUCAUAUGGAAAAACAUGCUUUCUUUCUGUUUGUCUAAUUCAGAUUAACUUUCCUUUCUUUUAGACUCUUUUAUCCCAUCAGUCUCUGCUUGCUUCUGUGGGAAUCAAAAGAUGUAUUGAACUUGACAUGUAAAUCAAGCCACCUCAUGCUGAUUAAUCAAACUAUGUAGGUGGAGCUUCAUCAGCAGGGGUGUGUAGGAGAAAAGCAGCACAAGCAUGUCAUCACUCAGCUCUAGAUUUGGGGUCGUGUCCCAAACCAUGGCUAGCAAUGUCCUCCUAGAGGGUCACGUGGCAGAGGGUUCUGCCAGCAAAGGGUUUCGACCCAAAUCAUCUUUCUGCAAGCUAGAAAUGUUGUUAAACCUUGCUCUGGGAUGGAAAAAAAAUUUUAAAAAAUAAAUAAAUAAAUAAAGGGGACUUUCCCAAAACCUUGUGAGAGCAGAAGGAUUUUAUAGCAGUUAUUCUUCUGCUGUGGAUUCACAAGCAAUAUUUUUAAAGUUGUCAGUUGAAAUGCAGUUCCUAAUUUGAGGGAUCAGUGGUGUCUUGUAGGAACAGGACUAUUUCACUGCCUGAGUGGGAUUUUGAAAACAAAUGGUGAUAAAAGAUAGAUGACCAAGAACUAAGACAUCUAAGUCAUAUAAAUAAUCAACUGCAAUAAAAUAAUGGUGAUAAAUAACUAUUUCAGCAGCAAAUCCCAUACUUUUCAUUGUAUCCACUAGUGACUCUCCACCUUAACUUGUCUAAAUCUGGGAGAUAUAAUAAUUUUCUGGGAGUAAAAGGGACAUUAGGCCAAGAAAGACACGGAGGCAAAAAACCCAUUUAAUGGAUAAAUGCUCUAACCAUGUAACAGUAUAGAAGUGGGCAGCACCCUCCCCUUCUACAGAAACUGCACCUCACAGGCAAGCAUCAAAGCAUGUCAGGUCUGUGAAAGGAGGUGAGCAGGUGCCUGUCCCCAGGCAGGGAUUCUGUGGGGUGAUCCCAAGCAGCCUGCAGGAAUCUGGGCUCAGUGAGGAUGAAGCACACAUAUCUCUUUAAUAUUUCCCUGGGUGGGUUUUAGGAAGAGUGCAGGACAAUCCAGAUACCCAGUGCUGCACUUGGACUUCCUGUGUCCAACUGUAGGACAGGGGUGGGAUACUGGCAGAUAAGAUUUGGGAUGAGUUUAAAACACAUUAGAUAUGACCCUGUAUCUUCCCAUAUGUACUCUCUCACACUGGGUAGAUUAAAAACAAUCCAUAUCAAAAGUGAGGCAAGCCAGUUCACAUCUGCCAGGAUACGCACGGAUGGGUAUCAGCAGUUCCAAUAAAACAGGUGCUGUGCAGGAAAUCCUUGCUGCUGUGCUUUGGUCAUCUAACUCUCUCACAGUGAAAUCUUUAAAGCUUUUGUGGAAUCCAGCUAUUCUAUUUUACUAAGAGAUAAAAUAUCUUGAAUACUUAUUUUGAAUAUGAAGCAAAACUGUCUCCUUUUCAUUUACAGAAAAGUUGAGUCCUCUCAAAUGAUACUUUCAAGCAGAUCUCAGUAGUGAGGGGAAUGAAGUGCUUCUUAAAAACAGUCAGAUAUCCAGCACUCUGCUCUGUUUAUCACUGAGUCUCCAUUUUAUUGUUUAAUUACGGCUUUUCAAAAAUAUGGUGUUCUUACAGGAAAUAUAUUCUUUAUUUAAAGAGUUCAUGAGUAAGUACUCAUAGAAAAAAAUACAGGAAAUACUGAUACAUAAAACAUUUUUACAUUGGUUUUGAUUUUACAAACUAUUAAUAUCUUUUUGUUAACUAUAUUGAUUGUCAUUUUAGUUCCAAAAGUGCUUUUUACAGUGGUCUAUGUACUUCAGCUACAUGCAAAAGCAAUAAUCACAUAUACAUGUAUGUUUAUUGCAGUCUGUAUCCCUGCUUUUAACCCUAUAUAAUAGGGUUUUGUUAGUUUAUUUUUUCUUUACAGAGCAAAGAAGUAUAAUAAACAUCAUUCAGAA